GUUCAAGCAGACCGUGCAUUUCAAAGGCCUCUCUGGUUCUACAUGUGUGCAGUUUCAUUUAUAGCAGCAGUGUGUGGUGGUUGAAGUUGGCUUCCUGCCUGUUGAGAUGUACCAAUAGGAAUCACUGUGAGCGGGGGUUCAUGCUGAUGAAAUUGAUCUGCUCAGUGAGCUCCAACCAGAGCCAUGGGGAGUUCCCGGACUGCCGCAGCGAGAGGGAGUUUGGGGGGGAGGCGUCUCUGCUGGUGUCUCCUCUGGUGCUGGCGGGGAUCGUUAUAGGUCUGGUGCUCUUCCUCUCCUGCGUCACCAUCAUCGUCGGCAGCCUGCGCAAAGACAGCCGCCUCCGAAACCCUCACCUCAGAGCGAGCUACGGUCUGGAUGGUUUUUCCUACGGAGGCUCAGUAGGAGAGCUGAGAUCGACCUGCUUAGAAGAUUUCCCUCCGGGUUUAGACUUUGAUUCGUACAGAGAGACUUUGUCCCAGGUCAACAGCUUUUACCCCGACUCACCACCACGAUACGAUGAGUGUGUCGGCCCUGGAUCGUCUCAGAUGUUCCUCCCUACAGACGACCCUCCUCCUUACUCCCUAUUGGACCCCUGUCAGAGGGGGGAGGAACAGGAUCCGUCUCCCCAGGAUCCAUCUCCAAACUACGGGGAGACUUCAGCCAGCGCCUCCUGGUUCUCCCCCUCUCAUUUCCCACUGGAUCAUCAACACAUCGCCUCCAUUUCCUUCCCGAUGGAGGCAGCGCCGCCAUAUGAGGCCGUUUUGUCCAAUCAGCCCCUCCCCCUCAUGCCAUGUGACCUCUAUAAACACCAAUCAGAGGUGGCGGCGGACCAGAUUUUGUCGGACUUUAAUUAAUUUGUUGCUUCCACCUGCGCUGUUGGAUGUCCCCGGUUGAAUUAUUACAAACACUGGGAACAAAAUGGGUGUCAGGAGCAGCUGUGACUCUAAUAAGAUUUGACUCUGACACUUCAUAAAAGGCGGGAAACUUGCUCAACGGACUGGAAAGAAGCUCCAGUUUUCAGGAGGAAGUAAAAACACACUGUAUUGUAAUGUGUCUGGAUUACCUUCCUCUUAUUGAUGCUCCCUUGGACGAAGACUCUCCUACUCUUACAUCCAAUAAUACGAUCAUACGUCUAGUUCGGUUUUUUGCCAUGUUUUGACUUUUGACCGUCCACAUAGCACCUUUUGUCAAUGUUUCUAUGACACGAUAUCUUGAUAACGUAUCACAGCUGUUGUAGGACAGACUAGCUCCAAUCCUUUGCCUUCUCUCUAUCUCAUUGUGCUACUAAGAUAUGUGUUUGACAUUGUUUUUAACUCACACUUUGUCUGAUUGAGCUUCAGUCUGACAGCCGCAGAGCGAAUAAGACGAUCCAAGUAGGGACAUUUAAGGAUGACUCUGAUGUCUCAUUGUCUGGAUAGUUUCUGUCUUACGUGACAACACCAGCGCUUUGAUAAUAACUUCAAAUAUGUUCAAUUAGACGACCAAAAACAGGCGAACCCUAACCUUAUUGGAACCAAUCGCUGGCUAUGUGGACACAAGCUCUUGAUCUCUCCGUAUUAAAUGAGAACUCAUGUUUAGGGGUUUAGCUGCAACUCAAAUCUGUUGUAAUCAAACUGUAGAGGACAGAAAGCUGUGUGUAGAAGAGUGUGAUCAAUGUCAGUGUGGUGUUUAGAGAAGUAGCUUUAAAGCACACAGAGUACUACCCUUCCUUUUGUGUUGAUUGUACCUUAACCCGAGUAUUGUACACAAAAUCCUCGAGUACCAGAACAGCUGUGUAGCUUUAAAGAGGCCCUAUUAUGCUAUUGUUCCCCUUUCCUGUAGUGUGUUAUAUAGGUUUUAGUGCAAGUAAAUGGUCUGCAAAGGCUAAAAUCCCUGUGUUCCCUACUCUGCCUUUAUUGGACUCCUUUGUUUACUUCCUGAACAUAAUGACAUCACUAUAUAACACUUGCAGGAGUACAAACUGUACCUGAUAGGCUAAGGGGGCGGGACAUCUCUAAGAGGUGGAGCAAUCACAACAGAGCCAGCCAGCUAACCAAUCAGAGCAGACAUUUUAAACAUUAACAAAUGCACAAAUUACAACUAUUAACCUGAAAAAGAGCAUAAUAGGGCCCCCUUUAAGUGUAGAAAUAUCGUUCUUCAUGGUUUGAAGAUAGAAUUGUUGAUGAAAUUACCAUUAAAUAAAGACUAAUUACAUAGAACUGAAGACUGAGUUUAUACGUGCAGCUUUAUGGAUAUUUGCAGCAUUCAUAUGUCAUCACCAGAGAGGGAACUUGUUGUCCGAAACUCUUUCUAUCAAGGGCUCUGGUUUUAUUAUAUAUAUGUAUUAUUAUAAUAUUGGACCCCAGCAGCCAGAUGUAGCUCGAAGCCCUCCUCAUAAAGAAGUGGGGCUUAAUGCAAAAGAGAAGAGACACUUUAAACUGUAGACUUUACACACCGUUUAGAUAAAUGCUUUUGUUUGUGUCUCACUUCUGUGUUUCUAUGUCAUGAAGGAUUGAACUUGGUUCGAGCCAUAGUUGAGGUUAUUGCACUAAAGCUGUAGCUUUCCAAACAUCUUCUUAUUUAAACCUGUGGAAGAAACUGGAUUGUUUUUUAGCUCCGUGUGUUAGAUAUUCUCGAGGAAACACAUCAUCAUUUCCCACCAGUUACUGAAACAGGAAGUCAUUUGAGGCUGAGCUCACAGUUGUUAUUCAUAAUUUUAGGAUAUAUGUGCAUAUUUUUGCGUUUCUUAUUAGAUAAACUAGUCGUUGUUUAUCGUCAACAUUGUUUUUUUCGUAAAUAUGUGCCUGAUAGGCCUCAGACUGUUAGCUUGUAGCCAUAAUAAGAUGAUCCCAAUGCAACUAACCCGGUGUGUUUCACUGCUACAUGUAAAUGUGGUAUUCAAAAUAAUUGAAUUUCUGCAAAAUAAAUUGUGAUGACAGAUUAUAGGGAGGGAAAUAUCCCAGUUUCACCAUCAGCCACCAGGGGGCGAUGCAGCUACAAUAACACACACAAAACCAUUUAAUUAAUAAUCCAGAAUCACCGGGGUUUACUUUUCCAUGUGGUGUAACGUGAGAGGUGUUAAUGCUUUAUUAGCGGAUAGGGAAAGUAAAGAUCGUCAGGGUUGUAAGUGUUAUAGUGUUUGUUCAUUAAACGUAUUGAAAACUAGAGAUUGUUCAACACACGUCAUGACUUUAACACUAUUGUUCGUGCAUCGUCUGUAAAUCAGCGUUUUACAUCCUUCCUCUCUUUAUGUCACACAGACAUCAUGUAUAUAUUAGGAACUGCUGUUAUGCUAUGUAUUAGAGAUUUUGGUAAUUAUUUUCUUCUGUAGAGGAGAUCAAAUAAAUCUGAACUCUUAUUUGAA